AUGAGCGACGCAACCGUGACCACCAACUCAGCCUCGACCGAGCAAGCCGCCGAAUACGAACAGCCUUCAACGCUCGACAAGGGCAAAGGCAAGGCAAGGGCAAUUGAGCCAGAGGAGGACGAUGAGGAGGAUGAAGAUGACGAUGAGGAAGACGAAGAGGACGACUACAACAUUGACGACGACGAGCUCGCCGAGCUGAUCGAGGACGACGAGGAGCUGGCAGAGAUCGACACCUCAAACAUAGUGUGGACUGGGCGCCGACGCAACGCUCCUCUUGACUAUAGUUCCGAAGAGGCGCUCAAACAGGCGGGUCUCGACUCGGGCGCCCCAGCAGGUGAACAGGAAGAGGACGAUGCGGAGUUCCAUGGCGAGGAGAUGAACGACGAGUAG